AUGGCCAAUGUGAAUGAAAUUUUGCACGCGCCGGCCUCUGCAGACGGCAGUCCGCGCCCCGGCAGUGGGCCGCAGGGAGACCGUGGCCGCACCCCUGCCACUGCUGCGCCGUCCACGGCCAGCCGCACUGCUCCUCCGCCAGAUGACUCUGCCGUCUCUCGCCUGCGGAACAUUCCGGAAAAGGAGAAGAACAGGAGAUUGAUUCAGGCAGCGAAGGAGGAUGCAGUCAAUGAGCUGCAGGAUCUACUGGCAGCUGGUGCGACCGUCGGGGCGAGGGAUGACCGCGAGAGCAGGUGGACCACCCUCCACUGGGCAGUAGAGAAGGGACAUGUGAAGGCAGCGAGGUGCCUGGUGGAGGGUGGAGCAGACGUGGACGCCAGGACCAGCAACUGGCAGGAGACGCCCCUGCACAGGGCUGCAGUUCAUGGCCACGAGGCUGUGGCGCGGCUGCUGCUGGAAGCAGGGGCAGAGGUUAAUGCCAGGAACAGCAAGCAGAGGACGCCCCUCCACCUGGCUGGGUACCAUGGCCGUGAGGCUGUGGUGCGGCUGCUGUUGGCGGCCACUCCCUACCACAACGCCAGGGAUCAGUGGGGGGACACGCCGCUGCACGAUGCAGCUCUGCAGGGCCACGCAGGGGUGGCAUCUGCACUGCUGGAGGCUGGGGCUGACCGCAGGGCCAGGAAUAUCCAGGGGAAAACACCACUGGACCUCGCCAGGCAGAACAACCACCAGCAGCUGAUAGACAUGCUAAGAUGA